AUGCUUCUCCAAAAGUCUAGCUUGAAAUGGCUUAAAGAGGGAGAUUCAAAUAGUGGCUUUUUUCAUAAAGUAAUGAAGAAUAGGAGAAGACACAAUCAUAUUGGCCCGAUUUGUGCAUCGGGAAGUAUGGUGGAGUCGGUGGAGGAAGUUAGGGAGGAGGUGUUUAAACACUUUGGGGACAAAUUCAUCGAAGCGGAGAAGGAUAGACCGGUUUUAGAAGGCAUCUCUUUCAGUUCUAUAAGUAGGGAAGAGGCGAUGGAUAUUGAGAAACCUUUUCUAGAAUGCAAGAUUAAGGAGGCGGUGUGGGAAUGUGGAGACUCUAAGAGUCCGGGGCCGGACGGAUACUCUUUCCUUUUCAUUAAAAAGUGUUGGAGCUUUAUUAAAGAAGAUUUCAUCAAUUUCUUUAAUUACUUCUACCUUGGUAGACCCAUAGCUAAGGCCCAUUUGCUUAGUGGGAUGCUUAUACAAGGUGGUGGCGAAGCUUUUGGCGGGGAGAAAGGGGUGCUUAUUAUUUCUCUGUGUCAAAGUGCUUUUGUUCCCGGUAGGUACUUGUUGGAUGGUGUGGUGGUGGCUAAUGAGGCUGUGGACUACGCGAGAAAGGAAGGAAAAGUGUGCAUUUUAUUUAAAGUGGAUUUUGAAAAAGCUUACGACAAGGAGUUUGAGGUGAAUAGAGGCUUGAAACAAGGAGAUCCCCUCUCUCAUUUUCUUUUUGUUUUAGUAGCGGAGGGCCUUUCGGGGCUUGUCAAAAAAUCUAUUGAGGUGGGGGAUUUUCAAAGUUUUAAGAUUAAUGGUAAUUGUCCGGUAGAUAUGCUUCAAUUUGCGGAUGACACUUUAAUUGUUGGCGAGAGCAAUUGGAAACAUGUGUGGGCUUUGAGAGCGGUGCUUCGGGCUUUCGAGCUUGUGUCGGACCUUGGAAUUAAUUACCAUAAAAGUAAGUUGAUUGGUAUUAAUUCUAAUCAUCACUUUUUGGAGGCGGUUUCUCAAUUCUUUUCUUGCAAAUUGGAAGAUAGCAACUUUUAUUUUCUUGGAAUUCCUAUAGGGUUCAAUCCGAGGAAAGAAGCUACUUGGAUUCCUCUUUUGUCUAAGUUAAAGAAUCGUUUGGAGGGGUUUUCCGUCCAUAAUGGUUUUUCUACUCUGUUUUGGGAGGCUAUAUGGUUGUGUGAUUUUACUUUGAAAGAUUUGUUUCCGGAUUUAUAUGUCAUUUCCCGGUUGAAGUUUGUUUCGGUGGCGGCCAUGGGAGGGUGGAAUGAUGGAAUGUGGAGUUGGGGAGAUUUUGGUAUAUUCGAGGUAGAGGUGGAAGAAUUUUGUUUGGAGGAGGUCAAUGCGGACUUUAAAGGGAAGGUGGUGGGGUUUAGAGGUUGGUUGGAGGGAAAGGAUUCCGUUGUGUGGAAUAAUCCUGAGGAUAAGGUUUUUUCGGUAGCUUCUUGUUACGAAGUCUAUAACAAACUUCGAUUUAGUUAUGGUCCCCCUAAUAGGAAUGAUGGAGCUUUUGGGUUGUUGUGGAAAUUGGAAGCUCCUUUCAAAUUCAAGGCCUUUGGUUGGAGAUUAUUCCUUAAUAGGCUUUCGGUGAAAGAUUUGUUGAAGAUCCAAAGUAUUUCUAUCUCUUUGGAGGAUUCUAAGUGCUUGUUUUGUGGGUUUUGUUUGGAAACUUGUAAUCAUUUAUUUUUUAGUUGCUUGGUGGUGAAAAAUAUUUGGAGUGAGAUAGCUUUUUGGGUUGGUAAAGGGGACACGGUAGAUGAUGAGUGUUUGUCGAAUUUUAUGGAUUGA